AUGACCCGAGGUCCUACCAUAGUGCGUGUGGCGCCGAAUUCUGGCCGUGGUAUUAAGUGCUGUUGUUGUAGAUGCUGCGAAUGCAUCAAUUUUGGCUAUUUAACAUCUCAACAUGGAUUAAUUAAAUUAACGGAAGCUUUAUUGGGUUCCCUGUGCCAGAGUCUUCUCGUGAAGUAUGGUCUGUCAGAAGCCAGCAGCAUGGGCUCAGCUUUCCACGGAUUCCUUACUACAGCAUCAGCCUGUCUCCUUACAACAUCAUUACUUAUAGCUUGUUAUGUUCUCUCAUCAAACUCACAGAGCUUAAUACGCCAGUCAAUAUUCGAGUGCGUAUUUAACUCGGUGGCAUGUUUCAUGUACCUGUCAGCGUCGUCGUACAUGGGCGUUGCCGUAAACAUAUAUCUGUACCCACGCUAUGCUAUUGUAAAUAUGUACGCCGCAUAUCCCGCUAUGACUGCCGUAUAUUAUAUUGGAGUUGUGGUGGGCAUCGUUCAUGGAGUGGACGCUUAUAUAUCCUAUAAGUAUUACAAGGGAAUUCGAUAA